GCACAGAUGAUAAAAAUGAGCAGGUAAACAGGUAGAGUUAGUCAGACAGUGAUGUCAUAAGAACGGAAGUUUUUGUGAAGUAUCAACACGCAGUAAUAGAUGGAUAUUCCUGCAUGUACCUCAGCAGCAGAAGGCUACACAUGCCCACCCCCUGCAUACAAUGACUUUAAUAAGUUUCCCAUUUAUGAGGAAAUUCUACCUUCACCGCCACCCGAAUAUACAAUUGCCACAGCGCCACCUCUUGGCAGGGGGAGAGUCAAUAUUCAAGAUAUUCCUCAAAACCCUAACAGAAGGAGGGCAGACCCUUAUCCUGUCCUCAAUGUGCCCCCUCAAAUCGAAAUUGUCCAACACAGAGAACAAAUAUUCAUGCAGCAGAUAGUGAAUCCUGUAGCUCCUCAGGUGGUCGUGGUGCAGCCACAGCAGAUGGUUGUUCUUUUGGAUGACACACCGACAGCGACUGUGUGCAAGUACUGCCAUAGGAGCAUCAUCACUAAUGUCAAAUAUAAGGCUGGUUCUGCUGCAUGGGGCAUGUGCUGCUUAUUAACUGUACUUGGGCUCAUUUGUGGAUUUUGCCUCAUCCCAUUCUGUGUCAAGGGGUUUAAAGAUGCCCAUCACUCCUGUCCUUACUGCCACAAGCAUUUAGGAAUAUACACCCGCAAAUGACUUUAUUUCCAAACUCUCACACACAUUCAGCAUUAUGAUCAAUACUUGUGUUUUUUUUAAAAGUCUAUAAACUGCCACAAUGUAUUAAAACAAUUAUAAUGCAAAACAUAACUGCUUAGUUAGCAAUUUAAUUACAGGACCCGUCAAACUGUUACUCUGUAUUUAAUGUGAUACAUAUUUUGUUACAAUAAUUUUAAUGUAUUCCUUCUUUUAAAAAAGAGCUUGUAAUUUUACCAAGAUGGCAGUUUAAAUUUUACAAAUACCACAUUUUGUUAUCUAUAU